AUGUCCUCUCAUCGCAGUCCUCCUGUCGUCGAAGUUCCUGCACUAGAUGACAAGAAGGCACUGUAUACUGCUCGGCGGCCGGAACGAGCUAGCGACAAAGCGAAACGCAUCAAGAACCCAAAAUGGUGGGCUCGUGUUUAUCUAGUUCCGUUAUCUCGCCGUAUUGGUCCGGUCCUGACCCACGGCAGGGAGGUAAUAUUUGUUGCUACUCACCACGAAACCGCCAGUGAGAAGGCCAGGCGCAUCAAGAACCCAAAACUAUGGGUUCGCGUGGUGUUGUUUCUCUGCUGGAUACCAGCUGUCACGAACACACUAAAUACCCACGACAGAAAGUAUUACUACAGCAGAACGGGUCUGGCAUCUAUCUCCUGCCUGAAGACUCUGAUACUGUUCGUUGAGUGA